AUGAACAGUGCGCUAAGUUAUCAGCAGCUAUCUUCUGUCCUGGCCCCGACAGGUUUCUCGGCUAUGAACGACCUCCAAUCGCAGUCCUUGCCACACGCCGCCCAUGCAUCCCCAGCCCUGACCUCGGCGGCGCCUGCGCCCGCCCAGAAUAACCACCGAUCCCCAAUAUACCCGGACCUUCUCGGUGCACCGCCCGUUCCACCACCAAGGACCUCUUCAACACAGCGGAAUCACGGAUCAAGCGAGAGGGCUCCAGGUUCGCGCCAAGGCAAGAGCAAAGGCGACGAGCGGAGCGCAAACAACCGCGAAAGGAGAAGAGAGGACUCACGGUCCCGGCGAACAGCCCCGAGAACGUCCGAGGACCAGUCCGGAGGAGUGGGAGGGGUGAACAGUCGAAGCCAGGCAGCUUCGUCUUCUGCGCCCAUGCGCUCGGAAAACCCCACGGAGCUGAGCGACCCGUCGGUGGACAUCGAGCGAGAACAGGUCCGACAAUCCGGUACAUCAGUAUCACCGUCGACUGAUGGUACUCCGACCCCUGGGCUGGGCUUGGUGGGUAGUGACGGCGUGGAUGAUGGAGGCCGCGGCGGGCUGCGGAGUCGGCAUGAUUACAACGAGAAUUCAAUUAAGCGGAAGGAGACAACGUUCGGUCAGUACAUUUUAGGACAAACGCUAGGAGAGGGUGAGUUCGGGAAAGUGAAGCUGGGGUGGAAGAGGGAUGGCAGUAUCCAGGUGGCUAUCAAGCUAAUCCGGAGGGAGUCUCUCGGAUCGAACCCCAGCCGGCUGCCCAAGAUUUACCGGGAAAUUUCGAUCUUGCGCGAUCUUUCCCAUCCCAACAUCGUCCGAUUACACGAGAUGGUGGAGACUGAUAAGCACAUCGGUAUCAUUAUGGAAUAUGCGUCUGGGGGCGAACUUUUUGAUCAUAUCCUGAAUAAUCGGUAUCUCAAAGACAAUGCAGCUCGACGUCUCUUUGCGCAGUUGGUAUCUGGAGUUGGUUACCUCCACAAAAAGGGCAUUGUCCAUCGAGACUUAAAGUUGGAAAACUUACUACUGGAUCGAAAUCGUAACAUCAUCAUCACAGACUUUGGUUUCGCGAACACCUUCGAUCCGAUAGAUGAGCUUGGCGAGGAGAUCGAAUAUAAUCUUACAAACAAGGAGUUUGUAAAGAGGAUGCGCCUUGACAAGCCUAAUGCUAAGGGCUUAAGGCGUGGUGAUUUGAUGCAAACCAGCUGUGGGAGUCCCUGUUACGCUGCACCAGAGCUUGUCGUUAGCGAUUCGCUGUAUACCGGACGUAAAGUGGACGUUUGGAGCUGUGGUGUCAUCUUGUAUGCAAUGCUUGCCGGUUAUCUGCCAUUCGAUGAUGACCCCGCCAAUCCGGACGGUGAUAAUAUCAACCUCCUCUAUAAGUAUAUUGUCACGACUCCUCUCACGUUCCCCGAGUAUGUGACUCCACAUGCCCGUGACCUCUUGAGACGGAUAUUGGUUCCGGAUCCGCGGAAGCGAGCAGAUCUGUUCGAGGUUGCACGGCAUAGUUGGCUUAAUGAGUACUCGCACAUUGUAUCACACAUAACUAGCAGUACAACCAAGGUCGCUGAUAUUGCUACUACGACCGUUUCUCAUGGUACGGCGCUCUCGGGAAGUGUACACUGUUUACCUGUUAAUUCGUUGCAUCCAACAGAACAACCUAAAGAGGCCCCAUCCCUCGGACGCACCUGCCGAGAGCUCCAAGACUCCCCGGGACACGAAACGGAGAACCGUUCAGGUCGAAUAUGUUGCCCCUUCGUCUCAGACUACGAGAGGGGAGGGCAUUGGAUCAACUACGCUGGCCCAUCGAGUGUUGCUGAAACCGCUGAGCAUGCGCCCACUGGAGCAAGGUCAAAUAGCCGAGAUGCUGAGACAGUCACACCCACCAGUGGCGUACCGCAAGGCGCGCCUAUGGCGCCAAGCGCACAGGCCGGAGAUUCCAAGGCACAGCGCCCACCAUCUGGGCAUUUGCCUCGUUCAACUUCGGACUCGACAGCACUUACGGGAGCCGGGACAAUGCCCCAGCCACAAUCUAUGCGGCCUACCACGGGUGCGUCCAUGUCUUCAUUCAAUACCGGUCGUUUACCGUCGCGAGGAUCCUACGGACAGCCCGUGGCUCCCACUGUGGCGGCAACCAAUGCGCAUGGUCGGCUGGCACAACCGAAGAGCAAGCAAUAUGUUAUCUCGAACCCCAUGCCUCAGGACCCUUCACAACAGACUGCGGUGUCGAUUGGCCGUCCGAGCACCCAGGCUCUUCCUGCAAAAUUCAAUACAACCCCCCGACAAGAGCCCCCGAAAGGCCACAAGAGAUCAAAUACUGUCUCGGGAAUUGGCGAGAAAUUGUUUGGGCGGUCUGGGUCCAUUUUUGGAGGACGUGGUGGACAGGCAAAUGCUCGUCAAAAAAGCGGCAAACGUUAUCCUCCUACAAGUAUGAGAGACCCUAAUGGUGGCGAUAUGCCCCGGAUGUCUAUGGAUUCACGGCGAUCCAUGCAAUAUGGGUCAAACCGGAAGACGAGCGAGACAGGUGGCGAGAGUCGGCCUCGUAGAUUCUCCCUCUUGCCGGCGUCAUUCUCCCUCAAGGGUCUUUCUUCGAGUAGAUCUCAAACCCCUGAUGAAGAGUCACAAGCUGAUCGCUCCACGGAUAAUCGGGCUCCGCAAAAACCAUCAACCGGGGAACUACGACCCCGUGCACGUGCGACCAGCCACGGAACACAUGAUGCAAUAGGAGUCAUGCCAGAAGGGGCACCGGCAGAUGAGGUCUUCGUCCAAGAUGAGCCCGUCAACUACCAGGCCCGUAUUGAUGAGCAGUUUGCAGUGUUGCAUGGAACCCAAUCUGUGACGUAUCAACCAACGUCCUACUCGGCUGAGCAGGUGUACCAGAACGACAAUGAUCACUAUUAUCGGAACCAAUACGCCAAUCACUCGACACCGAACUACUACGAAGAAUACAACGGCCCAUAUGACAGCGCGCCUCGGCAAUCUACGUCAGCUGCCCGACCAACAAGAGGAGCCAGUGUCCUACAGAAGAAUCAUCGAAAAUUUGCCGAUGCCUAUGAGUACGAGCGCGAUUCAUCACACCACUCUGGCAGCUCUGGUGCGGCCAGGAAGGUGAUGGAUUUCUUCCGUCGACGAGCGAAGUCAAGGGCUGGUGAUGACCGGUAG